AUGCUCCGGGAGGGCGAUGCGGCUCCCCGCGUCCCGCUGAGCGAGGCCGCCUGCACCCCGCCGGGGCUGCCCGCAGGGCGGGGGGCUGCCCGCGCCCCUCGGCCUCCAGCGCCCCGCCACCCCGCUGACACCCGUGGGGGCUUUUACUCUUUUAUUUCAUUUGGGUUUUAUUUUAUUUCGUUUUUUAUUUUUGUUUUAUUUACCCCUCUUGGAAAAAAGAAUAUUAAAUCAAAAAAAGCCGCCGCUGCCUGCACCGACCCCGCGGGGCUGGAGAGGCUGAUGCGGCCGCCAAGGGAGAGGAUAGUGGUUAAAGCUCGAGCUGGAUGGAUGGGUAUGGGGAGAGGGGCAGGAUCCACAGCCCUGGGACUUUUCCAAAUCCUCCCUGUCUUUCUCUGCAUCUUCCCUUCAGUGACAUCCUCAUGCAAGAUCCUCAAGUGCAACUCUGAGUUCUGGGCGGCCACGUCGGGCUCGCACCACCUGGGCGCGGAGGAGGCGCCCGAGUUCUGCACGGCGCUGCGGGCCUACGCGCACUGCACGCGCCGCACCGCCCGCACCUGCAGGGGAGACCUGGCCUACCACUCGGCCGUGCAUGGCAUAGACGAUCUCAUGGUGCAGCACAACUGCUCCAAGGAUGGCCCCACAUCCCAGCCCCGCCUCCGGACAUUGCCCCCCGGGGACAGCCAGGAGCGCUCCGACAGCCCCGAGAUCUGCCACUACGAGAAGAGCUUCCACAAGCACUCGGCCGCCCCCAACUACACCCACUGCGGCCUCUUUGGGGACCCCCACCUCAGGACUUUCACGGACACUUUCCAGACCUGCAAGGUGCAGGGGGCUUGGCCGCUCAUAGACAAUAACUACCUGAACGUGCAGGUCACCAAUACGCCCGUGCUGCCCGGCUCCUCGGCCACCGCCACCAGCAAGCUCACCAUCAUCUUCAAGAGCUUCCAGGAGUGUGUGGAGCAGAAGGUGUACCAGGCAGAGAUGGACGAGCUCCCCGCCGCCUUCGUCGACGGCUCCAAGAACGGAGGGGACAAGCACGGGGCCAACAGCCUGAAGAUCACGGAGAAGGUGUCGGGCCAGCACAUCGAGAUCCAGGCCAAGUACAUCGGCACCACCAUCGUGGUGAGGCAGGUGGGCCGCUACCUCACCUUCGCCGUGCGCAUGCCAGAGGAGGUGGUCAACGCCGUGGAGGACAGGGACAGCCAGGGCCUCUACCUGUGCCUCCGUGGCUGCCCAGCCAACCAGCAGAUUGACUUCCAGGCCGUGCGCUCGGCCCAGGCCACGGAGGGCCGGGCCCGCAGGAAGGGGCCCAGCCUGCCCGCCCCGCCCGAGGCCUUCACCUACGAGACGGCCACGGCCAAGUGCAGGGAGAAGCUGCCCGUGGAGGACCUCUACUUCCAGUCCUGUGUCUUUGACCUCCUCACCACGGGGGAUGUCAACUUCAUGCUGGCUGCUUACUAUGCCUUUGAGGACGUGAAGAUGCUUCACUCCAACAAGGACAAGUUGCACCUCUAUGAAAGGACACGGGUGCUGAGCCCGGGCAACAUGGCGCCCACGGGAACGCAUCCCGCUCUCUGGGUAGCACUGCUGUGUUUGUGUUGGCUGUGCUUGUUAUAGAGGUUUGCUCCUUCAAAACUUGGAGAGAAGGGAAAGGGGAGCAGGAGGCAGCCAGAGAUGAGAUGCAGGUGCUGGAAAACGAGAGGUUGGACAUCAGAGCCACAUGGGUUGUCCUUAACUCAGUCUCUCUCUUGGUGCAAGUCCUCCACCUUCCCAGCUCUUGCCUGGGAGGAAUAUGCUGCCAGUGGGACCAGACAGGAGUUUUUGCUGGACUGUACCUUGUCUGGACCUUGCUCACUUCCUCCUCCUCCUGCUGCCGUUUGAGGGAGUGCUGGGGAGCCCUUGUAGCACUCCCCUGGUCCCAGCCGUGCACAUGGUGACUGUGACACUGGCGUGUGUGAACGUGGCUUUGUCUUCAGAGAGCAGAGCCCACGAGGAGGGCACGGAGCAGUGAGACAGGACCAGCACAGCAGGGCAGGAUGUCCUGCCAU